AUGUCGUGGAUAUUUGGCGGAAAGUCCAGUUCGCAGAAGCAGGAGGAUAAUACGGCACUUGGGUUUGAUCCUGCCCAAGUUUCAAAUGUUUCAAAUAUAAUUUCGGCACCUGGAGUGCUGGAUCCAUCGCGGUUGCAUCCUUUGGCUGGAUUGGAGAAAGGUGUGGAGUAUUUGGACCUCGAGGAAGAACAGUUAUCAACACUUGAAGGUUCCCAGGGUUUGAUUCCUUCGCGUGGUUGGACUGACGAUCUUUGUUACGGUACUGGUGCUGUGUAUUUAAUCGGUUUGGGUCUUGGUGGUUCAUAUGGGUUCUUUGAAGGGCUGCGUAACAUUCCACCCAAUAGUCCGGGAAAACUACAACUAAAUACCGUUUUGAAUCAUGUUACGAGACGGGGUCCCUUCUUGGGUAACAAUAUGGGUGUUCUAGCGCUUACUUAUAACUUGGUCAAUUCAUCGAUCGAUGCUUUUAGAGGUAAACACGACGUGCCGGGUUCUAUAGUGGCUGGUGCUUUGACUGGUGCGAUUUUCAAGUCUUCUAGAGGGCUGAAAGCCAUUGGUUACUCAUCGGCUAUGAUGGCCGGUGCCGCGGCUACAUGGUGCGGUGUGAAGAAAACGAUCUUGGAGUGA